CAAUCCAUGCUGGUGCGUGGUGUGCUUACCAAUUCCCUUCUCCCUCCACAACUCGCUUACAAAAAGGAGUACUCGACACCCCACGGGCCGAUCGAGCGCGAGAGCCACUGCCACUGCCGCAAUCCCCUCACUACCCCUGCUAGCUCCUCCGCCCCCAAAAACCUUCCCGCUUCCGUCGCUCUCGCGCGCCUCCCGUCUCUCCCACGAGAAACCAUUCCAGCUUUCACCAGCAACGACGCCCCACCCAUGCUGAGCUAUCCAUCGAGCGCUUCCCGCUGAUUAGUUAGCUAGCUCACACUAGCUACUGCCCCUCGCCGAUUGGUCUCCAUUGCCGCAAGAGGUGAGGAAUCGCUCGCGCGCGAACCAAUGGCAGCAGGCAAUGUCGUCGCCGCUGCUCUCUUCCUCUUCCUCGCCACGUCCGCCCUCCUCGUCGCCGGCGACGACCCGUACCGGUUCUUCACGUGGACGGUCACCUACGGCGACAUCACCCCGCUCGGCGUCAAGCAGCAGGGGAUCCUGAUCAACGGGCAGUUCCCGGGGCCGACGAUAGAGGCCGUCACCAACGACAACCUCAUCAUCAACGUCUUCAACAAGCUCAACGACCCAUUCCUCAUCUCCUGGAACGGGAUACAGCAGCGGCGGAACUCGUUCGAGGACGGCGUGGCCGGGACGACGUGCCCGAUCCCCCCCGGCGGCAACUUCACCUACAUCCUGCAGGUGAAGGACCAGAUCGGCACCUACUUCUACUUCCCCUCCCUCGCCUUCCACAAGGCCGCCGGCGGCUUCGGCGCCAUCCGCGUCCUCAGCCGCCCCAUGAUCCCCGUCCCCUUCCCUCCCCCCGCCGCCGACUACCCCCUCCUCAUCGGCGACUGGUACAAGGCCAACCACACCGACUUGAAGUACAUGCUCGACAGCGGCAAGGCCCUCGGCUUCCCCGACGGCCUUCUCAUCAAUGGCCGGAGUUGGGACGGCUACACCUUCAACGUCCAACAAGGGAGGACGUACAGGUUCCGGAUCUCGAACGUGGGGCUGUCGACGUCGCUGAACAUCCGGUUCCAGGGGCACACGAUGACGCUGGUGGAGGUGGAGGGGUCCCACACCAUGCAGACCACCUACUCGUCGCUCGACGUCCACCUCGGCCAGUCCUACUCCGUGCUCCUCACCGCCGACCAGCCGGCCUACGACUACGCCGUCGUCGUCUCCACGCGCUUCACCUCCAAGAUCAUCUCCACCACCGCCGUCCUCCGCUACUCCGGCUCCGGCGGCAAGUCCCCCGCCGCACUCCCGGGCGGCCCCACCAUCCAGAUCGACUGGUCCCUCAACCAGGCCCGCUCCAUCAGGUGGAACUUGACGGCGAGCGGGCCGCGGCCGAACCCGCAGGGGUCGUACCACUACGGGAUGGUGACGACGACGAGGACGAUCAGGCUGGCGAGCUCGUCGGCGACUGUGAACGGGAAGCAGAGGUACUCGGUGAACGGGGUGUCGCACGUGAACCCGGACACGCCGCUCAAGGUCGCCGACUACUACAAGAUCGCCGGCGUGUUCUCUGUCGGGACCAUCUCCGACAGCCCCUCCGGCGGCGGCGGCGGCGGCGCCUACCUCCAGACGGCGGUGAUGGGGGCCAGCUACAGGGACUACGUCGAGAUCGUGUUCGAGAACCCCGAGAACGAGGUGCAGUCGUGGCACAUCGACGGCUACGCCUUCUGGGUCGUUGGAAUGGAUGGAGGGAAAUGGUCAUCAGCGAGCAGGCAGGGCUACAACCUGCGGGAUGCCGUUUCGCGGUACACUGUUCAGGUUUACCCUAAUUCAUGGACUGCGAUCUACAUGCCAUUGGACAACGUGGGCAUGUGGAACGUCCGGUCGGAGAACUGGGCGAGGCAGUACCUCGGGCAGCAGUUCUACCUCCGCGUCUGGACGUCGUCGACGUCGUGGCGCGACGAGUACCCCAUCCCCAAGAACGCCCUCCUCUGCGGCCGCGCCGCUGGUCGCCGGACACGGCCGCUCUGAGAGGAAGACGAACGGCAGAUUAAAGCAGCACCAGCUGAGAAUCUGUGUCAUGAGAGGAUGACAUUCAUGCUGGUGUUUGACUGUGGAGUACUGUUAGGCACACACAAAAAUUUCACCCCUGAAUACUGAAAGAUAGCUAGCUCAUCAGACAUAUCUGAACUGCAGAAUGGAUGCAGUUUCUGAGUGCAGAUCAGAGUUGGCACUGCCCUGAAUUUGUUGCCAUUGCAUCAUGUAAUUGUUUUGGUGGUGGGUAUAGUCGAUAUAUCAUUGUAGCGUCUUAAGUUGUUAUGUUGUUCUUUUAAAAACAGGGAUCCGAUAAUGAACUGAGUAUAUGUUACUGUCAUGUUUACAUCAAUGGCAUUGUUUUCUUGUUCGCUUGA